CUGACUUCCUGCUCUCAACUGUGGGCCACAGAAGUCUGGAAGCCUGGGCAGAGACCAAGAGAGCACAGUUCACUGUCUCAGGCUCCAGGCAGGUGCUGGAAGGAAGGAAGCAGGAUGUCCACAAAACCUGAGAACACAGAGACAUUUUUCAUUAAGCCUCUAUUCCUGCACUUCCAAAAACAAAAAGUGACGAUUUCACAUGCAAUUAAAAAGCCAUUUCCUUUCCUUGAGGGCCUCCGUGACCAAAAUCUCAUCACAAAUAAAAUGUAUCACGAUUUUCAAGAGUCUUUUAGAAACCUGGUCCCUCUACAAAGAGUGAUCUACAGAGCCCUGGAAGAACUGGGGAAGAUAUUUGACAUGAAGGUUCUGCAGGAAUUGUUCUGUAAGGUCAACAUGGAGAAUUACCCUGAUUUGGAACCCAUUUCCAAAAGUUUUAAUAAUGUAUUACUGAAUGCAUUGUGUUCCCAAGGAAGUGACAAAGGAGACCUGAACCCCGAGAUAAAUCUCAAACAAGGACCUAGUAAGAGCUGUUCUCAAGGAAGCCUGACCUGGUCACCUUUGGAUCCCUCCUGGUCUGAUGGAGCAGCACCAUCCACAAGUGAAAAGACACGGUCCUGUGUCAUGUGUUCCCCAACAUAUGUGGCAGAAGACCCGGAAGCAAGGAUGGGAAGCAGCCAAGAAGAAGCUGUGGACACUAGGAACAACAUUACUGUAGGAGAAUCCAGGAAGAGAAGAGGUGGCAGCAGAGCUGGUGGCCAGGCAGCUACCAGGAGAAAGAGAAGGACUCCAGCACGCCCUGCCCGGACCAGGGGUGGCAGCAGAGCUGGUGGCCAGGCAGCUACCAGGAGAAAGAGAAGGACUCCAGCACGCCGUGCCCGGACCAGGGCCCCAAGAAUAUCCCGUACUGAAGCUUUGUGUUUCAAUGCUGACCAGCUUCCUGUGAGGUGUGGUGGUGCAGAAGGGGUGUUAUAUAAGAAGAAAUUCAUACAAGGAAUUUCUGUGGUGUCCAUACGGACAGCGGAUGGGUUAUGGCUCACACCCCCUGAAUUUGAAAUCCUGGGAGGCUAUGAAAAAUCAAAGAACUGGAAAUUGAGUGUGCGUUGCCACACUAGGACCCUGAAAUUCCUGAUCCAGAAAAAGUUUCUACCUAACCCUUCAAAAAAACGUAGCAGGACCUAAAAGAUGUAGGCUGACUCUGCACCUGAUUGGACAUGUGAACAGCCCCAUCUCUUUGGUACCACCUAUACAACACAAACUGAUGAAUUACUUUCUCUUGGGAUAAAAAAGGAUUAGGGUGAACUGAGACUGUAGAAGCUUAUGAGCAAAUUAAAAUCACAUCAGGAAAACUAGGCCUAAGAUAUCAGACACAACAGUCUGAGGGAAGCCUGUGACUCCUCAUCCAUGCCCUAAAAAGAGGACACCUAGCAUGGUGAUGGUGAUGGCCACCAAUCUAUCAUCUAACCACUUGGUCUGUUCAUCUAGAGAUCAAGAAGUGGAGAAUUACUGAAUGUCCCAAGGCCUUCAAUUCAGGUUGGUCCCCGCUGUUGCCAGAGAUUACUCAAAUUUCCACCUACCAUCUUCUUAUUGAUCCAACUGUUCAAUGCAUCUGCUCACCCAAUCAUCUGGACCUAGUCCUGCCUUCUUGGCUCUACAAUUGAACUCAACUCCACAGCUCAGCCCCAACCCUGCAGCCAACUGCUCCAACAGUGACUUCACCAGCUCACUUGGUGACUCACCCUGCAGACUCCUGUGACUUUCCAGCAGUCUUUCAGCUCUGGUUUCUCAAGCCUCCACUGCCUUAACUUUUUGUAGCUACUCUGUAACAUACAUAUCUAGAAAUCGGGAUGCAGAUACGGAUAUAUGUUCUGUAUACGCUUAAUGUGUGAUGUACGGGUUAAUAAUUAAUGUUGGAAUAAAGAACACCUGUGUGCCU